AACGAACAAGGUGGGAUUCUCGACGACGAGAUUGGGAGAAUGUUCAUUAGCGGAGAGGAUGGAGGAUGUGGAGAAGCGUCGUCAGAAGCGGGAAGAAGCUUGAAAUGAGGAGGAGACGCAGUAUGCGUGGAUCCAUGGAUUUAGCGGAGAACGGCUUACUAGGGCACGUAUGGGGGGUCAGUUAGAUCAUCAAUUUCGACUCUCGAGGGAGGCGCAUCGGACCUGGUGGGGUGAUUGUAAGGAUAAGGAUUUGGUCUCUAUCAAUCUAUUCUAUCUCUCCCUCUUACAACGUUCACUAACGAUCUACGGACAGCGUCUUAUGGCCAAUUUGAAUCGGCCGCCCUGCGCUCCACUAUGCAAGCCUCUCUCAUGCAUUACACUUGGGGUGCAAUGGUCCUGUGCAAAUUGCAGGGGACAUACUGUGUAUUCGGAUUUUUUGGGAUUGAUGGCUUCAGGGUAAUAUUGAUUGGCGGGGAAACUCACCACGACGUCGGGCUUGAAAACCCCAUUCAUGCCCUUCUUUCUUAUAUGUGUAAUUUUGACUUCGAUGUCAUAGGCGGGGCCAUUCAGCUUCUUAACUUCAAAAGUACCAAUGUCACCCUCGGAGAACUGGUCGGUGAAAUCAAAAGCGAUGAUUCCGUCGGCCGUGGUAUACGUUCCAAAAAACGUGAGCGUAGCAAUGGGAGGGCCACAUCGAGGACGAAAACCCCCGCUGCGCGCCAAAGCCACGAAAAGGUGGCUGCCCUCAGAUUCUGCGAUUGCCGACUCGCCAACGAUUGUAGUAAAAUGGCUAUCGUCCAUGGACAGGCGUUUAGCGUGAUCCAAAGUCUCAAAGGCCAUGUUUUCUUUAUCUUUGCAACCUUUGUCAGCGUCCGGUCCAAGAUAUUUUUGAACGUCAAAAACAUCAGGAAUAUAUUGGACGCUAAUUGCGCCAGACCUUGGGCUAGAUAUUUUGAGAUCACCGGCAUCGGUUACGCGUUACCAGUGACCGUUUGA